UAACAUGGCCACGAUUGACUUUUCCUCAACCUACCUCCUUACAAACUCCAUGCUAGGGUCUUCAGGCAUCUUAGGUUCCACUCUCAACAAUGAUACCCUGGUUAUUGAGCCACCGAAAUCUAGCCAAAAUCAGCUAUGGUUCGUGACAGCCACCGAAGAUCAAGGUUCUUAUCGACUCCAUACGGUGCAAAAGGGAGAUAAUUAUGCACUGGAUAUUAACUACGAGACUCUCGACCUGCGCUUCUUCGACGUAGGCCAGGGGCAAGGAGGUCAAAAAUGGAAAUUCGACACGUCGGAUGAUGGAACCUUCAAGUUGAGCAACAACUACACGGGCCCAGACAAGCAUUUAGAGGUAACGCGGUGCUGCUUGAAAAUGAUACUAGCAAAUGGCGACAAUCCGGGUCAGCAUUGGGGACUACAUAAGGUGGCCGCGGACCUAUCUUCAUCAACAACUAGCUCGACAAACAUCACGUUUUCGACACCCACUCCAAGAAUCGAGCCUUCUCCGAGUCCGAACGGAACGAGUAAUGCAUCGCCAACUCCCACGCCCACCACUAGCGACAACUCUGGCGCGUGCGACGUAGCUACGACCUCUUGUGCGGGUUCGACAACACAGCGGGGCCUCUCAGGUGGGGGCAAGGCAGGUGUUGGGGUAGGAGUAGUACUUGGAGUCCUUGCAUUGGUUGGAGGAGGAUAUCUGGUAUAUAGACGUUGGGGAGGAAAUCGCAGACCGCGUGAGAGAAUCACCAUGGGUGAACUGCACUAUUCAUGAGAUGAUGAUGUUUUUAUUCUUUAGUUGCGAUACGCGUAACUUGAUUUUAAGCACCAUCAUAUUUCUGGCAAUUGCUUAUCCUGUUUGCUUGCGACCGAUGAAUGUACACAGUGAUCAAUCGUGGCUCCUCCCCAUUCCGGGCUCGC